CAAUAACUCAUUUUUCCAUGUGAAAUAAAGAUUUUGUUGUUAUUGUGUGUUGUGGUUGGGGUUAAUGUAAAAUUGUUUUCUUGAUUCGAAUCACAUUCAUUUACAACCUGGUAUAAAUCACCUAGUCUCAUCGACUUCGGCUUCAUUUCAAACAUCAGUGUCGACACCGCGAUCGACCACGGUAUGAUGUCCAGCAUGAAUUCAUCUACAACCCCAUACAGCGGUCUGCAGAUCGACCACCAACCGACAUCAUUGGUGGCAAUCGUCGAGGGAUUGACGAUGAUCAUCAUCUUUCUCGGGUCGUUGAUCGUUAAUCUCGUCGCCUUGGUGACCAUCCUCCGUGAUAAGAUACUGAGGAGGAAUGUUCAUAAUUGGCUAAUCAUCAACCUGAUCAUCAACGAUCUCGGGAUUACGAUCACCAGUAUGUCGUUCUCUAUUAUAUCUGUCUUUGACAACGGUUAUUUUCUGAUUCACAGUGAAGUCAUGUGUUUGAUCAACGGUAUUGGUGGAACAGCUUUUUCCUUCGGAAACUUUGCCACCAUUGUGGCCAUAUCUGUAGACCGCUAUCUGACCGUCAUUUGGUCCAGUCGCUUUCCUCCAACAAAGACUCGUAUCAUCAUCUUCAUCAUUCUCUGUUGGGCAUUUUCCGUGUUCAACAUCAUCCCGCCUUCCUUUGAGUUAAUCUCUGAUUACAAAUAUCACCCUUUCACCCAUCACUGCUCCCCAAUCUGGCAAGUAUGCCUCUAUUACUUCAUCUGCUUCGUCAUCCUGUUCGGCAUCACUAUUCCCGCCAUGGUCUUCUGCUACAUUGGUGUCUUCUGGACCUUGAGGCGUCAGCAGCAGGUCCUACGAUCUCACGCCAACGGUCGAAAACCAGACGACGCUCCUGCAGACGUUAUUGCAAGCGACAGCGAGAAAGUCGAUGAUGACAGCCUUCACGCAUCCAAUCCGACAACCAACUCGGGCUUGAGUUUGGAAGAUCUUCCUGGUCGGUACGGAAAUGUUUCUGAGACUACAGCAGAAGAAUCAUCAUCUUCCAACCUUGACCAGCAUGUGGAUAGUGGUAUCAAGGAAGCGACUGCUCAUCCGGAGAAGAAGAUGAACAAGAAAAGGAAGAGGGCAUUGCAGAAGAAACUCACGACUGACAAAAGAAUCGCUCUGACGGGCAUACUAUUGGUGAUGACUACGGUGAUAUGCUGGACACCAUAUUCCAUCGUACAUUCAUGUUCCAUCGAUAUCAAUGUGGCUCAUUCAUUUGGUGUGUUCACUAUGUGGCUCGCUUACAUCAACUCCCUCCUCGAUCCAAUCAUUUAUUCCUUCAUGAAUAGACGAGUUCGUGCUCGAUACCGUGCCAUGAUGUCUAGCUUCAGAAUGACUGUAUGUAAGAAAUAGUGAAUGAAUCGUCUCACGUGAGCAUCACUUGCAUAUUAAUGUCAAUACUGCAAAAUCUGCUUUCAUGAAACAUGUUCACACGAGAAACUGAUGGUUUUAAACCUCUGAUUUACAAAGCCUGUUAAACAAAUCCAAAGUCAUAAUUUAGUGACUAUAUCUUUAUCAAAAGUUUACAUGAUAUUGGAAAACUAACCAAUGUGUGAUUUCUUUAAAGUUUUUAUAAGAACAGAAAACCCGAUAAUCACAAUUCUUGUAGAAUGAUUUUAAUGACCCUUGCAAAGUCUCCUCAAUCAUGUCAAUGGUAAAUAUAUUAUAGAUAUAAACCGAUUUACCAGUUUAUACUGAAUAUGCUAAAAUUAAUUGUCUCUUUUAUUUCACUUCAUUUCGUUUAUUUAACAUUUUCAACAAUUACAGUUUGUUUUACAUUUUGACAUACAAAUAAAAAAACAUAUUUCAAGUAUCCCUGUACAAAAAUUAUAUUCAAGAUUAUUACAUAUCAUGUUGGAAAUGGAGGAGGAUGCUAAAAAGCGGAGCUUGUAGAGUGCAGCCUCCUAAUAAAUAUUCUUGUGGUUACAUACUUUACAUAGCAUAUACAAAUCAAAGUAACAAGUUUUUAAUAUGUGCAUAUCUCUUGUGUUAUGCAUGUUUUUAGUAUUUUCUUCAUUUUUAUUGUCCUGUAUCAUGUUCGUUCAGAACUCGUGAUCUGGGCUCAUUGUUUUGUUUCCCUUUUGAUCAAUAAAAGAUUGAAGUGAUUUAUAGGAAAAAAUGAAAUGAGGAAGAUCCAUUGUAAUAAAAACCGAAACAACAAUACUGAGAAAAACAAUCAUCCACAAAAACUGUAUCAAAUGAUCCAUAUUAGAUAAAAACACGCAAUUAAUGGUGAAUGCUAGAAUCGUCAUUAUCUCCUGUAUUAAUUUGAUCAGUUUGAACAUGAUAGUCAUAACAUUUAUUGUUUUAGCGUUACUGUACUUUAUGAUGUAGUUGGAAAUCGGUGUUUAGUGUGUAAUUACUGAUGUAUGUUGUAUAGCUUGUGAAAUCAAUAAAAUAGUUUAUAAUUUUGUUUUAAUGAAUAUACCUAAUUGGCUACUUUAUAGUUUCUUCUAAUAUUUUGGUCGUAAUAAUAUGAGUAAGAAUAAAAUGUAAAAUAUAUGCAGUACAAGUAUAGAAAAAAAAUGCUCAAACUUAUAAGUAACUUUUGAUAAUCUUCGCUACUGUUGCUAUAAGUAUAAACCUUUCUAAUCAUUUUAUUUUCAUCUUUUUAGACUGUAUUAUACAUUUAAAAUAUAUUAUAAUGCUUCAGUAUCAAAUAUUAUGUUAAUGAAUAAUGCGGAAUACGAAAAUGUGUAAUAUAUUUUAGUGUUCAUGUUUCUCCUUCUCUUCUAAAAUAUUGGGUAAAAAUGCUCCAUUGGGGUAAUUAUGUGCCCAACCAACUUCGGGUAUUUCUUUUGGGCAUUUUUAUUUAUCCAGUGUGAUGAAAAAUUUGCCCAUUCUUAAGUAAUUACUGCUUAUUUUUAACCUUACUGGAUAAAAUGCUUCUCGCAUUGUGUAAAAUACUGCGCAAAAUUGGUUGGACACAUAAUUACCCUCGUGGUGGUAAAAAAUUUUACCCAAUAUUUUUUACAGUGUAAAUAUUAUAUUCAUCAACUCUUUGUUUUCUUCAAUGUUUGUAGUAGCAUUAAAUUGAGGUGGUUAUCUUGUGACCAGGGUGAUAUUGCAUGUGAGUGGAUUUAUAUUAUUUUGCGUCACAUGGGGAACGUUUCAUAAAAGGACUUGUUACCAUAGGAACUAAGCAUCUCGGCCAAUCAAAAUGAAGGAAAGAUAUCGGAUGUGACAACUUGUAAGACGAUAAAUGUUGAUGAAACAUUCUCCUAUGCCCUCUUGCAUAAAAGUUAAAGGACAAGUCCACCCCAAAAAAUAGGAUGUAAAAUAAGAAAAAAAUAUGACAUUUUAGAGUUUCGCUUAAUUUCACAAAACAGUUAAAUGAACAUCCUUCACUCUAAAAAAUGAAAUGUUAAAUCAACAAUUGAAAAGUUGGAGGAGUGACAAUAUUUUCGAAAUGUUGCAUUUACCAUUUUAAUUGGUUCGACCCAACACUUAAAUUGUGGUACAAAUCUUUAUACAAGAUAUGAUAUUACAUUUGGAAGGUUGUCACUCUUAAAAAAAAAACUUUUUGAUGUAAACAUUUCAUUUUUUGGGUGUUGUCAAUAUGCAAAUAAAGAGAUUGAUGACAUUACUCACUCACCAUUUCUUUUGUAUUUCAUUAUAUGAAAUAUGAAAUAAUUUAAUGU